UGGUCUCUGUCCAGUCUACCCGGAAGCCUUCUUUCGUACACCGCUCUGCUCCGGAGGGAAGUCCCUCUGUUCUUCUGAAGAGCUUUGCCUUUGUUGCUUUGAUCGUAUAAUUAUGGAGACGCCGGGGCAGUGGCUGGAGAGGGCGCUGCUUGAUCUCUGCAAGCAGGUGAAGACGGGUUUGGAUCUCGACAAGGAUAUAAUCUCCGGCUUGGUCUCUUACUGCGACUUCGCUCAGCCCGUCGACGCCAAGGAAUACCUCGACAACAUUAUAGGUCGAGAAGCUGGGAAGGGUGUGAUCGAUGAAUAUUUGCGACGGAGAGGGUAUUCGGAUCCUGCAGGUGCUUCUAAUGUUCGUACCACAAACUUACACGCCUAUGUCAAGCCCCCGUCAGCUGAAGUUCCUGCGGUCGGAGCGAGGAAAGCUCCCAGGCAGGUAAAGGACGUCGCAGCCUCUAGUGGUAAGGAGAGCUCGGCGGCUUCCGUUUCCAAUGAGUCGAAGCCCUCGAAUCAAUCUACUUCCCGGAAGAAGAAAGCUGGGAAGGUCGUGUCGCUUGCUGAGGCAGCCAAAGGAUCGAUCGUGUUCCAGCAGGGUAGGCCCUGCUCGUGCCAAGCCCGUAGGCACAGGUUGGUGAGCAAUUGCUUGUCAUGCGGGAAGAUUGUCUGCGAACAAGAGGGGGAGGGGCCUUGUAAUUUUUGUGGCUCGCUCGUUCUAAAGGAAGGUAGCAAGUACGCAGGUCUCGAGGAGACUGUCCCCGUCCUCUCAGAGGCUGAAGUAGCUGCGGAAGCCUACGCCAAGAGGCUUGUGGAGUAUGAUCGGAACUCUGCAGCGCGGACAACGGUUAUUGAUGACCAGAGUGAUUACUAUGAGAUCGAAGGGAACAGCUGGCUAUCUAAGGAGGAAAAAGAACUGCUGAGGAAGAAGCAAGACGAGAUUGAAGAAGCCGAGCGGGCCAAACGGAACAAAGUGAUCAUAACCUUUGAUUUAGUCGGCCGCAAGGUCCUUCUGAAUGAGGAUGAAGUUUCAGCGUUUGACUCAGGGAACGGGAUAUUGCAACCCCCUGAUGAAAGAGAAGUGAACCGGAUAAAACCUAAUCCGACUCUCAAAGUUCAACCGAUCUUUGUCGACCCAGGCCCACAGAAGAAGGCUACUAAUAGUAAAGCACCACCGAAGAAGACUCGAGCCAAUGGUUUGUGCUUGGAGAUAACCGGAAGAGUGCAGCGCGAGAGCAACGAGUUGAAGCAGUUUAAGGUGGACAACCAUUCGGACGAGGAAAACGUGAAGUUCUCACAAGGGGUUUCAGUGAAUUCGAGUUCUCAUGUGGAAGAUGAUACAGAGUGUUCUUUAGACUAUUACUAGAAAAGGCAGUUGGAUCUAGGAGAGGGAGUUCUUCUGAUCCAGUUGAUCGGAAAGCCAAGGUUUCGAAGGUUGAGCUAGAAUUGAUGGAAUAUAUUGUUCAUUUGGCAUUAGAUUUCGAAUGAAAAGCGCUUAUGCUGGGAGUCGUGUUGAACUUAUUUUACAGGGAAUGAUAAUAUAAAGUUUACAAUGAACUUGAAUGCUACAAUCAGUUCCCUUCUUC